AUUCACGAAACAAACUUCAUAAGAAACAAAAAUCCGAAGCAGCUGAUUCCGCCACUACUACUGAUUUGCGCAACUUCACAAGUAAUGUGAGAUUUGUUUCAUAGGUUUCUUUUGAACUCCCCCCAAAUAAAAAAGCAAUGUCUCGCGUGUACGUGGGUAACCUAGACCCACGAGUCUCGGAGCGGGAUCUUGAAGACGAGUUUCGUGUAUUUGGAGCUAUUCGGGGUGUAUGGGUUGCCCGGAGGCCACCGGGAUAUGCUUUCAUCGACUUUGAUGAUCACAGAGACGCUGAGGAUGCCAUUCGUGGAUUAGAUGGCAAGAAUAGCUGGAGAGUUGAGCUUUCUCAUAAUUCUAGAGGCAGAGGUGGUGGCCGUGGAGGUGGUGGUGGCCGUGAAGGUGGUGGUGGAGGUGGCCGUGGACGCUCUGGCGGUUCUGAUUUGAAGUGCUAUGAGUGUGGUGAGCCUGGUCAUUUUGCUCGAGAAUGUCGCUCGCGUGGCAGUUCAGGAAGACGUCGCAGCCGCAGCCCUAGGUAUCGUAGGAGUCCAAGCUAUGGGCGCAGAAGUUACAGUCCUCAUGGACAAUCCCCAAGACGCCGUAGUCUCUCCCCUCGUGGACGUAACAUCAGCAAGUCUCCCCAAUACCAUAGCCGUGAGGAAUUGCCGUAUGCUAAUGGAAAUGGUGUAAGAGAGCGCCAUCGGAGCAGGAGCUAAGUGCCAAGGGGAUGCAGCUUUUAUGUGAGGAGACUUGGAUUUUGUGUGUUUAGUUUGUUUGGACUUCAGUGCUACCGUUUUUAAUUGGGCAAUGCCCUCUGCCUCUUGGAUUUGGAUAAGUUCGUUUCCGUUUUUCUAUAUUCUAUGUUGGUUUUCUUUACUUUGUCUACGCUUUAUGGUCCUUUCUGCACAUUAAAGAAGAGGUUUAAGAUGACGUCUAUAAAUUUUGUUGGUAAAUGAUUUCAGGAACUCUGCUAAAAUUUCAUGCUUUUCUUUUUC